AUGACUACUAGAGUCAUAGAUCAAAUAUCAAGAUAUCCAGAAGUAGAAAUUACGAAUAGUACUGCUGCACAACAGAUUAUUGAACUGCUAACUAAAAUAUUUUUAACGCAUGGAAUACCUUUUAAAGUUAUAACCGAUAAAAGCCCACCAUUUCCCAAUCACAAAUUCAAAGACUUCAUGACCGUAAAUGGCAUAAAACAUCAUAGAAUUACGCCUCUGCACCCAAAAAAGAAUGCAGUUGUCGAAAACUUUAUGCGCAACUUAAAUAAAAGACUGCGAACAGCACAAAUAGAACAAACUAUGUAUGAUCCCCAACAACAAUCAAAACCAACAAAAAACGUACCCUAG